UGCCGCACAGUAUGUAUAUAAUCAGCAGCCGGCGAUUGCGAGCGUCAGGCAUGGGCUUCUAGUUGACAGUGGCUUGACAGUACACAGUAAGCUGAAUUCAGCAAUCGCAAAGUACUGUUAUUCCGUGCCAGUGGUUAGUAAUGGUUGCAGCAUAACUUCAUAAGCAGUCAAAUAAACCCUAUUUUUGGCAUUUAAUUCGACGAUGUUCACCAAGAGAAUCCGAUCUUUUAAUUGUUCAGACGCGUUGCCAUCCUGUGAGAUUUAUCCCGGUCCCGACAUCUACCAGUGGAACGCGGUGGAUGUGCAGAAUGCUAACGGGCUGCUCGAGCGUGGUCUCGUCAUCAAUACCGCUAAUCACGGCCUGAUCGUGGAUUUCGGCGUGCCCGGGCGACGCUCGGAGCGUGUUCCGUUCAAAAGGGCGCUGUACUGUCGCACCUCGCCAGAACACGAUUUCGCUCCCAUUCAAGACUGGGACGCAGAGCACAGCGCGGCGCUGGGCUUUCAUGUCCUCGCUCGGAUGGCUGCCGACCGCCCGUGGACGUGGUACCCUGCGGUGUGCCUCGUACGUCGGUUCCUGUGGAACAAACACGCCUAUGUCCGCAUCCAACUGGGUGAGAGCGCCGUCACCAUGUUCCUCAGCGCUCUCGUGGUGCGUGUCGCGCGCAGUGACUGGAGGGGGUCCGCAGUCGGUGCAGGUGAUUUCGUCUCCCAGACCAGCGCCCUGCCGGGUGAAUAUCGAGCUGGACAGCUGGUGGAGCCGGCAUUGUGGAGCUUGUGGGUGGAAACGAUGGUAUCGCAGCAUGACGCGUAUCCCGUCUGCGCCAUGAAUGGAAGGCUGGUGUAUCUCCAGAAGGGGUGCAAUAACGCGAAGCCGGCAAGAGCAUCUGGUAAUCCUUACCUAUCGCCCGGAUCCAAUACUGCGAAACUGUCAGCAAUAUCACAGGACGAGUUGGAUCGGAUGAACGGAAGGGCCAAAGCGUGUUUGGCACGGCGCCUGCAGGCCGGUUGGAACUACACCGAAGGCCGCUGGAAAAGGGCGGCGCCCAAAAUUCAAUCCGAUAUUAAUGCUGAACUGGCACACCAGUCUCCUGAAAUGGGAGCAUUAUUAUCACUGGAGCUACAGCGCGAGGUUCUCUCCUGCUUUGCUGCGAAUGAGGGACCGUUCUUCCGUCGUGUUGGUCCCGUGUGGAACGCGAUCUUCCAGCAGGAUGACACCAACCAACACCUGAUUCUUAACUGCGACAACGCCGGCACUGCAACCGGCUCAGUGGGCAUGUGCAUCAUCCGGCAGUUAACCGCUGCCACCAGGAUGAUCAUCCUUGCCAAUGUCAAACAGCGCUGGAUGUUUCAGGAAUUUACUGACUGUAUGCGUCUGAUCAGCUACGUUUAUAAGCAGCGCGGCAACCGUUUACGAAAGUUGCAGGUAGUGGCCAGCGGCUGUCGUUGGGACUUCGGUAAUCACCGUUUUCUCACGGAGGUGCACAUGCUGGCCAGGACGUGUGUCACCGGUGCCGCCGCCGUGGAGUGCAUCGUGUGGCACAACUGCCGCUUUCGUGGUAUUGGCGACCAACAGUACGAUUGUAUCGUAGUGCGCGACGUCAUCGCUGUCCACGACUCGCUUUUGGGGAUGCAAACGGAAUUAUAUGCACUGGUGGAACGGAAUUUAUUUUGGAAGCCAGAGUGGAUUCCGCUUAAUGUCUUCGGCCUGAUGCAGUGGAUUGCAAACGAAGCGCGAACUGAUGCGAUAUCAUUCACCAGCGCCAAAAUCAAAGGGAUCUUAGGGACCUACCAGUGCGCGGAUCCUCGUCCGGCGAAUCAGUACCGUAGGAAGCCGGACUGGACAGUCGAAGACCUGUGUCAGUUAGAUAUGACGACGUUGUCCACAUUGACGCUGUGGGUACUGAACUUGGCCAUGCUGUACCGAGCGAAGGGGAAUCGGUGACCAUUUCAUCUGCACUCGUUGUGGGAUACGCGGAACUACUACUUUGGUGCAAGAACAAAGCUACAAGCAGCAAUAUAAAGUCGAAAUCCAUAAAUAUGGGACUAUGUCCUUUCCAAUCAGUUAUAGUGCUGUCCGUAGUGUUGUGCUAGUUGCCAGGGGCUUAGGGAGGUAUGGGGCCAAGGGGCCGUGGCCCCCCCAAAAGGCCAGGCAGUGUGUU